UCGAGUACCACAGCAUACCCGUGCAACCGUUACAGCAACGGCACACAACCGUUCUGUUCCUCCUCCUUUUCCAGAGAACUUUUUGCACCUGUCAGCGGAAGAAUGGUUGGGGUCAAUAUCGGAGACACCCUCACGCCGACCCCUUGGGCACCCGAGAAAAUCGAGCAAGCUCUUGCCCAGGCCAGGUCUUCAGGAUACUUUUCCUGUGACGCGGUGAAGUUUUGGCACUGCGAUGCUUCGCGCGUCCUGCCCACGGCUCAACAAGACCACAUCAGAAAGGUCAUGGUCCACGCCAACAACCAUGAGAUGCUCUCCGUGAGCGACUGGAGGGCUUGGGUCGAGACACACCUGAGCCCCGUGGUCGGCGGGCUGAGGGGCCAGCGCGUGCACAAGGAGAUAUUCCUGGCGGUGGGGAACGAGGCCCUCGCACCCUGGCACGUCGAGAUGUUCGGACGCAGGCUGGUGCCGUGUAUGAAAGAGGUGUAUACUGCUCUACUGCAAACCGGGCUGAGCGAUCGCGUGAAGCUGGUAACCCCCCUCGAGAUGUCCAUCCUUGGCGCCUCGUACCCGCCAAGCGCGGGACAGGUCGCCGAGGCUCACCUGGAGGUGGUUAGCGAGGUCGUUAGGUUUCUCGUCAGGAUAGGAUCCCCGUUCUGCAUCAACGUCUACCCUUUCUUCGCGAGAGAACACGCCUCGCGAGACUUCGUGCUCUUCGGGCCGGACGAGGGGUAUACCGACGGAGAAGGGGGAUGCUUGCGCUACACCAACAUGUUCAACGCACAGUUUGACGCGGUAGUGACCGGAAUCUCCAAGCUCAAGGAUUGCAUCGUGGGAGCGGACCAGCUGGAGAUGGUUGUCACCGAGGUUGGAUGGCCCACAGCGGGAUCCGGCAUGGCUGACAAGGAGAGCGCGAGGCGGUUCACGGCCGGCGCCACCCUGGCCAGCACCAAGGGGACCCCGCUCAGGCCAGGUCGCCUGGACGUGUACCUCUUCGAGCUGUACGACGAGUGCCAGCAGGACGGUGCCGCCCACGAGAAACACUUCGGCCUCUUCGACAUCGGCGGGUGCCCCAAAUAACGUGGCCAGCCUGAGUCGCAGAGUCGGGGUGGUGGUUUGCGCUGUGCAUGCGGAAGUGCUCACAAGGCCGAAGUGCUACAGUACCCGCUGCCCCUUUGCGCGUUUUUUUUUUUCCCGUGGUGAACUUUGGUGUUGCAUGGGAAUUGGUGUUGGGGGACCCCAUGGGGGGUCCAUUGCUGAUGAACAUCGCCGUAUCCCCCGUGGUCGAACUAUGUCUUCUGUGUGCUCCCCCUGAUCAAAGUAUAUAGGGUUAGUAUUGCCCAUCCUGCCUAAUGUUGACCUUUUCGAGGUUUAAGGGUCUGUAUCCCGGUGUGCACGUGUAUCCCCCUGCCGAAAAAACUCGGUGUUGUGGGAAUUAGCGGCCUUGGGAGAGGUUUGUUCUUAGUGGGUUCGCCGCUGUUGUUGGUUGGCCCAACAAAGAACGGGAGCCUAACGUAUCCGA